AGUCCGGACUCUCCCACCCACCCACAGUGCAAAGCCCGUAGCCACACAUUUCUACAGCAAGUUUAUGAGGAGGAAGUGGUAAUUACUGUACUGCUAUCUGAACUUGAGAAUGUAAUCUGUGCUGCUUCUCUUCGCCUCUUCUGCAGCUUUAAACUAAAAGAAAAAUGUCCGGAACGAUCAAGGAAUUCAAUUUAAACUACGACGCGGUGAACCAGCAGAACACCUUCAGCAGCGGAGAUCUUCUCCAGGGACGGGUCAUUCUGGAACUCGCCAAAGAAGCGAAUAUCAGCAGCUUAUACAUCAAGUUUAAGGGAGACGCGGACGUGAGGUGGUCGGAGAGGCGCAAUGAUAGGAACCACACCUACCACUCCCACGAGAGAUACUUCAAAAUAAAGCAGGUCUUUAUUCAGGACCCCUCCAAACCGGUGCAAAACGAGCCAAACACCAUUUUAGUAACUGGAGAGACCUACAGUAAUGUGGUUAGGCCAGGAAGACAUGUAUAUCCAUUUAGCUUUCAGCUGCCCCACGGGAAUAUGCCACCAUCUUUUAAAGGAUUCUAUGGCUCGAUUAAGUACACUUUGGAAGUUUCAUUAGAUCGUUCCUGGAAGAUGGCUCGCACUGCAACAGCAGAAAUCAACUUCUUGCCAAAGUUCGCUGCUGGUGGCCCUUUAUUGAACCCGCAGAGUGGUGGCAUAGACAAAAAGAUGACACUUUUCACGUCUGGAAGUGCCUCGCUGAACGCAACUAUUGACAGGAUGGGUUAUGUUCUAGGUGACACCAUCAAGGUUUCCACCAAUAUCAAUAACUCUUCCUCUCGUGAGCUAAAACUGAAGUACAGUCUUGAGCAAAGACAGACCUUCCUUGCACAAGGCAGGUCAAAGCAUUCGUCCAAAACUAUUUUCAAAGUGGUUGGGGAUCCUAUCCCAACUGGAACAAAGCAAGUAGUCAACACGGACCUGAAGCUCCCAGCCAACAUGGAACUAACCAUAAACUGUGGGAUUAUCAAACUGGAGUACGUUCUGAAGGUCUAUCUGGAUGUCCCAUAUGCUAGUGAUCCAGAGAUCAAAUUUCCAGUCAUCAUUUCUGGAGGCCAGUUUCUUGCGCCAUGGCCAAACUCUCAACCCUAUGGGCCCAGUCCUCCACCUCAGCAUGCCUUUGGUCCCGGUCUUCCACCUCAACCUGCAUUUGGGCCUGGUCCUCAACCUCAGCCUGGAUUUGGGCCCGGUCCUCAACCUCAGCCUGGAUUUGGGCCCGGUCCUCAACCUCAGCCUGGAUUUGGGCCCGGUCCUCAACCUCAGCCUGCAUUUGGGCCUGGUCCUCAACCCCAGCCUGGAUUUGGGCCCGGUCCUCAACCUCAGCCUGCAUUUGGGCCCAGUCCCCCUGGUGCUUCCUCUGGACCACCACCAGCACUUUACCCCAAUCUGUACCCUUCAUCUGCAUAUCCACAGCCAACCAAUCCAGGAGCUCCUCCUCCUUCUUAUACAGACGUCUACCCAAAUCAAAACCCAACAGUUCCAGGAUUUGAGCAAUCAGCUGGAGUCCUCCAUACUCCAUCAGCUCCUCCUCCAUACUCAGCAAUGGAUUAUCUAGGCCCUUCUGCUCCACAGCAGCAGCAGCAGCAUCCCGCACCAAGUGCCCCAGAGUUCCAUUCAAAUCCAUCUGCUCCAGCCUACGGUCAAGCAGCAGGUAUCCCAGGAUAUUGGCCAAAUUCAGCUAAUCCAACCAACCAACCAGAGCCUUAUCCAACUAAGCCACAAGAAAAAUAAGUACAAUCAGAUGUGCCUUUUAGGUCUUUAUAUAAGGAGGUGGCUGCAAUUUGUGCUUUAUGUAAUAUGUAAAUUGUACAAAAAAUUUACAUAUGUACUUUACAAACCAUUUAUGUUAGUGUUUUUUUGUUGCUUUAUUUGUAAGGUAUGUACUGAGAGCAGCUAUGUGAAAUCCUUUAUAAUUUACACUCCUGAUCAUUACCACUGUCAGCACUGUUCAUUUUUCCAAAUAAUGCUAAAGCUACUGCAGUGCCUUUCUGUACAGUAGUGUGCUAAAUGUCUGAUCCCCUGGAUAUAAUUUCUGUUCCUGUAUACUAGAAGAGUAGAAGUCCACAAAGCACUCUCUAAAUAUGAAACUUAUUUUUUUUUUUACUUUUUAAAGCAUGAUUAGUGUGCGAUUUGUUUUUGUACAGUUUUAAAGUGGAACCAAAAUGCAAAUAAAUGGCUUAUUUGUAAACAUUA